AUGCAGCCACCCCUGCUCAUGCUCCUGCUGGCCUUUUUCCUACUCCCCAAGGCGGAGGCAGGGGAGAUCAUCGAGGGACAUGAAGCUAAGCCCCACUCCCGCCCCUACAUGGCCUACCUUCACAUUAAAGAUAAGAAGGAGUUCAGGUGUGGCGGUGUCCUUGUGCGAAAGAACUUUGUUCUGACAGCUGCUCACUGCAAUGGAAGGUUAAUCAAUGUCACUCUGGGGGCCCACAACAUCAAAAAGGAGGAGGAGACCAAGCAGAACUUCCUGGUAAAAAAAGCCAUUCCCCACCCAAACUACAAUGAUAAGAACUUCUCCAAUGACAUCAUGUUACUCCAGCUGGAGGGAAACAUCAAGCAAACUGAUGCAGUGAAGCCCCUCCCACUGCCCAGGGGCUGGAAAAGGUUGAGACCAGGACAGAAGUGCACUGUGGCUGGCUGGGGGAAGGUCUCUCCAUGGGGCCCAUACUCAGACACUCUGCAGGAGGUACAGCUGACCUUACAAAAGGAUGAAGAAUGUGAAUACCGCUUUCGCCGUUCUUACAAGCGGACCAUUCAGCUGUGUGUGGGGGAUCCAACAGAAAAUAAGGCUUCUUUCCAGGGGGACUCCGGGGGACCGCUCCUGUGUAAAAAUGAGAUCCAAGGCAUUGUCUCUUAUGGAAACGAAUAUGGGGAGCCACCACGAGUCUUCACCAAUGUUGCAAGCUACCUUCCCUGGAUAAAGAAAACCAUGAAAAGCCUCCAACUGCAGAACCCAGACCAUCUCCUCUGGAGCUAA